AUGUGCUCUAUCAUUGUGCAGGGUGAGAGCAUAGAAGACAUUCCAAAGGAAGUGCUGACGGACUGCGCGCAUCUUGUGAAGGCCAACAGUAUCCAAGGCUGCAAGAUGAACAACGUUAAUGUGGUAUACACACCGUGGUCUAACCUGAAGAAAACAGCUGACAUGGAUGUGGGGCAGAUAGGCUUUCACAGGCAAAAGGAUGUAAAAAUUGUGGCAGUGGAGAAGAAAGUGAAUGAAAUACUGAACCGAUUAGAAAAGACCAAAAUGGAAAGGUUCCCAGACCUAGCCGCAGAGAAAGAGUGCAGAGACCGAGAAGAAAGGAAUGAAAAAAAGGCCCAGAUUCAGGAAAUGAAAAGGAAAGAAAAGGAAGACAUGAAGAAGAAGAGAGAACUGGAUGAACUUCGGAGCUACUCGUCACUAAUGAAAGCCGAGAAUAUGUCUUCAAAUCAGGACGGCAAUGAUUCAGAUGAAUUUAUGUGAACGGAGGGAAGGACCUUGUAAAGAUGUGGAUUUCGGCACAGUUGCAGCCAUUCUGAGAUCUGCUGUGUGCUGGAUUCCAGAAGGCAAACGACCAAACUUCUACUUGCAUUCUGUACAAAUACUGAUUUUGGAGAUUAAAAAAAUUCUCUUUUUUUUUGUGGACAGAAAAGGAACAGAUAUAUGUAAAAUACAGUUGAACUUCAAAAGAGCAUAUAACUUUAGGAAAGUAAAAAUAUUUUUGCCAGAGCAUGUAUCUCCGGAAAGUUGGCUGGCCUUGUUUUUGUUUUGUUUUUUAAGUUAGAAAGAACUAACUCUGAGAAAGAUGCCUUUUAUUUGGUCUCCCCUUGAAAGAUGAUUCGUAACGAGUUUUUGUGUUGGUGGGUGAUAUAUGGGAAUGUUCUCCCACCCCUGAUUAGGAAAAGUAAAAAAGCAUUGAGGCCUCUGGGCCCUAAAGAGGCUGGUGGUCACCGGCUUCGGUGCUCCUGUCCGUUGUGUGGUCUCAGUCUGCUAGCACAGUGGUCCUCAGACUCUCAGCUCCUCCGAGCUUCCUUUGAAGGAGAGCCUCCCUCUUAAGACAGCUAGGAAUAGUUGCUGUUGCUCAAGAUUGAGCCUCGAGGAAGUGAAUCAUCUGAAGGUGUAGAUUACCUGAAUUGUGUCGUGGGAUGUGGCAUGAAGCAAAUGCGUACCUUAUAAUCAGAUGUUUGCUCCCCAAAGAAUUGUAUUUCACCAGUCUGCCAAGUAAUUUAUUUACCUUGAAAUAAGGUUUGAGUUGUAACCCGAGAGGUCAGCUUUCUUCACUGCAGAUUUAGUGAUUUUAAGAUAGAACCUGACUGCUGAUGUCACCUCCUUCCCACUGCGAUGCUGAAUGGCAGGUGCAUUUUUGUGGUGGCCUGAAAGGAAACCUGCACUGGCAGGGAAAGAGGAGAGAAGGCCCGCAGAGUGGGAGGGGUAGGAACUCACAGCCCUGCAGACCCCACCCAGAAUUCCACGGGCAACACCGGUAUCCGCAGCUGGAUUCUCAUCCGGCCCAAAGGAGAAAUACCCUCCUGCUAUGAGAAUUGCUCUACUUGUGGCAGCACUUUGGCACUGUGAACAAACCCGGAGGACUAGUAUUUGAAUAGAGCUCGAGUUGUUGGAUUGAACUGGAAAUUUCCUUAGAGACAUUACUCUCUGGUCAACUUUUGAGGAGGUACAGAAGACAACUCCAGAGAUUAGUGAGUGAGUGUGCGCGUACGUGUGUAAUAUUUGGGCUGGUGGUGUGCAUUAAAAAUAAAGUAUCACUUUUUACUUUGAA